GAGUAUAAACACCAGCGGGACCCACUCGGGGCUUUAAAGCCUGCGAACACGCUGCUGCCUCUGGCCACCCAGGGGGCAAUGCGCUGAAGUGCCACGGGGCGAGCAGCAUGAGGCUCCGGCUGGAGAAGCAGCUCCUCUUCCUCUCCCUGCUCUGCAUCCUCUCCAAGGUGUGCGCCCAGCUGUGCCGCCGGCCAUGCUACUGCCCCUGGGUGCCGCCCCGCUGCCCCCGCGGGUCCCCCCUGGUCCUGGACGGCUGCGGCUGCUGCAAGGUGUGCGCCCGGCGCCUGGGAGAGCCCUGCGACUUCCUCCACGUCUGCGACCGCAGCCAGGGCCUCGUCUGCGACUACAGCACAGGGACCGGAGCCACCUGCAACUUUGAAGACGUGGAGGAAGGCUGCGAGGUGAACGGCCGGGUCUAUCAGGACGGGGAGGUUUUCCAGCCCAGCUGCAAGCUGCAGUGCCGCUGCCUGGACGGGGGCUUCACCUGCGUCCCGCUCUGCCAGGAGGACGUGCGCCUGCCCACCCCGGACUGCCCCCACCCGCGGCGCGUGGACGUCCCGGGCAAGUGCUGCCCCGAGUGGGUCUGCGAGGCCGGAGACCGGCACCUGCUCCCGGAUGCCGGGGCAGCCCCCGCGGCAGCAUCCCCGGCGGUGCCGUACCCAUGCCGGCCGUGGGGCACGGAGUGGAGCGCCUGCUCGGCCACCUGCGGCGUGGGCAUCUCCACCCGCGUCUCCAACCAGAACCGCUCCUGCCGCCUGGAGAUGCAGAGGAGGCUCUGCAUGGCCAGACCCUGCCCGGCCCUGCCAGCGGCACCCCCUGCGAGGGGAUGAGGAGGGCAUCUGUGGCCGUGCCCACCCUGGUUGCAGCCCAGAGCCAACGCCUCAUCCCGGCAAAGAGUCUGGCACAAGCCCAUGGCACUGUGGUUUCGGCGGAGAUGGAGGACACGUCCCUGGGGAAACCGAGGAAGAACCGACGGACCUUGCCUACGAAGGAGGGUGGAAAUAGGGAACAGGAUCCCCACGUCACCCACGUGCACCCUGUUGCCCCGGGCUGGGUUACUGGGCAGCAUCCCCCAGUUUCUUAGGCUGCAUGAAAUGGGGAAACCCCGUCCCAAGCAUGAACCCACCUGAAAAGCGGGGACUUGGUCCUUUCCCGGAUCGGUGGGGCUCUGGAGAGGGCCGGGUGGUGCUGCUCCUCUGCUGGGCACCAUGCACACUGCUCUGCUCUGUGGAGGCUGGCAGAGGGAGACCCCCAGCGGGACCCCUAGUGCCAGGGCUCAGCAAUGCACUCACCCGUCCCAUCGCAUCCCAUUGCCAAGCAGCUGCCGCAUGCCUGGGUGUUGGCAGAGGCGUCCCCGUGGCAGCUCGCGUUCACCUUCCCCGCAGCCCUCCAGGAUAAACAGGACCCUUCCUGCCCUGCCUGGCCUCCUCCUCCCCAAAGCCCCGGUGGUUUGGCAGGGCUUCGGCGAGCGAGGAGCUCAGACAGAGGAGGCACCGCUCCACGGCACCAGACACACCACCUAGCACCCAGGCAUGUACCCUGAAAGCUAAGGGCCAAAGCAAAGGCAGGAGAAGGGAAAACAAAUUGUGACGAUGGACUGGAGAGCUGCUGAGCAGCUCUGCGUUUGUUUUCCCCCAGCAAUAAGCCUCAUGAGGGCCAUGCAGAAACGAAGCCCAAAUGCCCUAUAAUGGCCUCACAGAGGCGAGCAGAGGCACUGCACAUCCCACGGCUGGGCAGCGGUGGUCUAGGCUGCGUGUUCACGCGAGGGAUGCACGAUUUGGAUAUGUAUCCAUGGAAUUAAAGCAUUGAAACCUC